AUGAAGUUAGCAUUCAAUAAGCUGCUGGUGGCCUCCGUGGUGUUUACUGUGCUCAGUUUCGGUCUGCUUCUGGCUUCUUUAUUCACUACCACGGCAACUACACCGUCAGAAUGGACCAUUCUCUUGCCAGAAUUUCGCUUUCCAGUCAACAAGAAACAAACCACGGAGCAAUUCCUCGUUGAGAAAAUCGUUCAUGAGCACGAGGAAGGAGAAGACGUUCGUUCGGCUCUUUAUCUAACUCAUCAUGGGUAUUUCAUGAAUGCGAUUGCUAACAUGAAAGUGACAUAUCGGCAAAAGUCAUACACCGUCAAUGAUGUUUGCUUCAAACCACAUUCUGCGAUUUUCGAAAAUGUACCGGCUCCGGAAAAUAUCGAUAAACUCCCUGCAUAUUUCCAACGUCUCCUUCUCGAAAUGCAACGACUCUCUCCGUGUCUCAUCGUCACUCCUCUCAACUGCUUCUAUGAUAGCUACCAUAUCCAUUCGGAGAUAAGCAAUUGGAAUGCUAGCACGGAUUAUUUGAAUAGAAGACUUCGAAAUUCUUAUCUAGAAGCAAUUGAAGAGAAAGACUCUCGUCCGUAUGUGAAAUCGACAUAUGGUCCUGAAUUAAUCAAAGAGUGGGCUCGCCAUAUGUUUGCCAUACCAUCGAAACCGUUAUCAAACUUCUCGAAAUCAGAUUUAUACAGCAGAGUCAAAACAUGGCUAUCGAGCAUUGCCGCCAGAAAGAAAAUCUGCGCUGAUCCGAUGCGUUCUUGUGAUGAAACUCUGGAUGCAGAGAACUACUUCAAUGUGUGUACAGUAAUGCAGCAAAUCAAUGAUUAUGACGAGAGGCGAAAACAGAGAUUGAAGUUUCAACUCGAGUAUGGAGAUGAGGAGUUCACAACCCGUUUGGACUGUGUAGAAGAUCGUGAAAAGUUCAUUGAGUGGAUGCAAGAAAGAAACCUGAGAGACAUGUUAAAGUUGUUUGCCUCGAGCGUUGAAAUUCCGGACCAUAAGGAGAUUCCGAAUCAGGUCUGUGAUGGAAUCUAUCACGAUUUGGACACCAGUUCUGGAUUGGAACUUUUUCGUGGUGCCAGAAGUUUCAGCAAUAAUACAUCUGCCUACGAUACAAUCAAUGUUGAACUCGGUUUUAUGACACCGGAAAAUCUUCUGACUACUAUGCGUCAUUCCGACUUCGUCAACGGUUUCGAAUCUAUUUGGACGAUUGAAAGAGCACGAGAGCUAUUGAACGAGUUUCGAUUAGCUUUAAAAGUAGAAGUAACAAAAUUCAGCGAGAGUCGAUCCAGUAGAAGAGUAAAAGUGACCACUAGGAUAGUGAAUCAGAUAGAAGAAGAAGGAUCUGAUGAAGAGAUGGAAUAUCACAUGAUAUAUUUCAUCCUUGGUGCUUGUGCUCUGAUGGUUGCUCUCUUCGCAGCAUUCGCCUUCUCAGAGGCCUUCCUUACUUCACUGUCCAUGUUUUUGCUACGAGGUUUUAUCACUGGUCUUCUCUUUAUUUUCCUUUGUAAAUCAGGAGGAUUGAUCUUGAUAGACUCCAACUUCCUGUGUUACAUCACAAUGCACCUAGCUUUCAAUCUUGUCAUGACUGCCCGAGUCACCUUCAUUUGCUAUCGAAUCGGAGGAUGUGUUCAGUCAGAAAAAGACUUUGUGAAGUCCAACUUUUCUUCAUUAGGAUCGGUUCCAGUUGAUAGUCUCAAAGAGGAUAGUUGCAAGCGGCAUGUUCAGUACGUUCUUGCCAAGUACACAAAGUUUCAAGUUGCUCAAGAUGCGUACUCAGAAGAACCAUUCGAGAAACUGCCAAAAUACUGGUUCCUCAUUGCUAUCGUUUUGGUCCCCGUCAUUGGAGUUUAUUGGUUUUUCAUCGAUUCCGAUGUUCAGAAAAUUUGCAUUGUUCUUCUACCUGCAUUCCUCAUUGCUGCUUUUGAAGAGAUGAGGGUGAAAAAUCAGUUAUUACGAGAACGAAGAAUCAAAAAAGCGAUUCAACGACUGCAAAAGGAAGAAAACACAAGGAUCAUGUCCAGAGGCGAAAUUGAUAAUCUUUUAUCAGGAAACGCAGAGCUUUCUGGAGAAAAAAGCCAUUAUGAAUCAAAACAAGGUGUCCUUCAUCAUGGAUCCGCCGGUGGUCUGUUCGAGCUAUCUCGUAGCACAUAUGAUGUGUCUCUAAUCAUGGCGUAUCCAAAUCAAAUGAUCAGGAAUCUUCGAUUGUGUGCUCUUGGAGCCUAUUUUAGGUUGUUCAAAAUGAAAUAUUGUGCUGUGGUUGUAAGUUCAGUUGCUGCUCUACUCAUUUUACUCUCGAUUGGAUUGCUAUUCAUUCCGGUUCAAAGAUCAUCAGUGCCGAAAGAACUCCAACAAGACGAAUUAUCAAUUGAUUUUGCUAUUCCAAACGUUUCAUCAUCAUCCUGGGAGAGCAUCAACGAAUAUCUCGAGGAGUUCAAUUCGGAAAUCGAUUCCAUCACCAAUCUUCAAACAAUUACAAAUGGAAGAAGAGUUUUGAUCAAUUCAACGUCCAAAAUCAAUAAUUUUCUGAAAUGGGUGGAUGACGAGCCAAUUAGCUGGUACCUGACAGCUCCUCUGACACGACCUUAUCGGAAAACUCAUCUUCCAAAUCCAUUCCGUUUCCAGUUUCGAUAUGGGUUUGAUUCAAUACAAAAGUCAACAAUAAUAGAUGUUGUUGAGAGAAUCGACACAUUGCUCACCAAAUACACCGAAACCCUUUCAUUUCCAAAAGCGAUUGGCUUCCUCUACGAACAUUAUCAUCAGAAAGCAGUCGUCUGGAAUUCAUUCGCAUAUCAUGAAAUUUUUGCUGCUGCCGUUCUUGCUGGUUUCUUCUCAAUAAUCGUGGUAUUCUUCUCGAUUGGACCUGUUGUCUUACCGACUCUUGCCUUCGCGUUCUUCGUGGUAGGAAAUCGGCUGGAAAUCGCCGCUAUCGUCUCCUUAUUUUCCUUAGAGUACCACCAGUGCUACACCAACGUUGCUGUUUUCGUGGGUUUUCUCGCUGCUUGGACGCCAUUCUGCGAUCUUGCACGAUUCCGGGGACGUCUUCUGUAUAAGGAUCAAACUAGGAGAACGCCCGAAUUGGCAACUCAACGACGUAUUCGAGUUCCCCACGUGGCAGCAGUCGACACUGUUCAAAUUUUCGCCAUAUUUUUGACAGCCACCAUUCUGCUCAUCGUCAUCACUGCCAUCAUUCCUCAAUUCCGUGCCUUCUUCAUUCCUACCGUAAUCCUGCUCAUCACUCUUCUCCUCGCAGUCUUCAAUUCCCUCGCCGUUUCAUUAGCAGCAUAUCAAAUGUUCGAACACGAAGUUCGUCACUGCUACCAUGAUCAACUGCAGAGUCUCACCACGACAGGAAAAGUGUGCGAUAUGACUCGCAAGAAGUUGUUGCCUCGAGAAGAAGAUCUGUCGAUUCCAAUGGAAGAAUUUUCUAUCCGACCAACUGAAAAUACGAAGCACUAUGCUCCACGGCCAAUCGACAAUUCUGACCCUCCUGAACAGGCAGCCGACGAAGAGGUGGUCAACCAGGAUCCAUCGAUGGAAGCUGCGCGACGGCAAUACGUGGAAUUCACACAUCGAACAACUGGAAUGCCAAUUGAGCUCAUCAAUCAGUUUGUAGACAAUUUCCCAGUGUUCAAUGUGCCUGCGAAUUUUCUUCCGAAUUAUUUUGCACUCGGUGGAGCGCCUUUGGAUGCUAACAAUGGAGUGUUACUGCGCCAGCCUGGAAUAGCACCACCACCAAGGCCUAAUAGGGAGGAGGAUGAAGAAGAGAGAUUCGGGUUGGGCGGCGGCGAAGACGACGAUUCCUAUCCUUCAUCGGGAGAUGAUAUUGGAGAUCCAGCGAAAGAACAACAGGAGGUGACAGAUGACGUGGCGACUCGUUAUAAAGAGGAAGAAGUUCGGAAGAAAGUACAGCCUGCAGUUCCCAACUAUGAUGAUCCAAAUGUUCCUGGUCCCAGUAAUCCGGUUCCACGCCAAGUGGAGCAAGUUUCGAGAGAGGCUCCUGAGGAUUCACCUAAUCGUGAACCUAGAAUCCUUGUGUACCAAAGACCACCACGACUACACGAGAUUCCUCAAAUUUCACAUGGAAGAAAUCCACUACACGAUCCUCCGUCCAUGGAAGAAUAUGUGCAAAAGUACGAUGACCCUAACCAGCCGCCAAGCAGACGGGCAGACCAGUAUCCUCCCAGUUUUACACCGGCAAUGGUUGGUUACUGUGAAGAUGUGUAUUGGAAGUACAACGAGAGAAACUUGCCGGAUAACGUUCCGAUGCCUCCAAGGCCUCGCGAUUGGGAUCAACGACGUCUGGUCGAGCUACCACCUCCAGAAGAUUUCGAUGAAGUUCCUCCACCGGGUCGAUCAGCGAUUCCAAUCCCUCCAGGAGCAAUCCGUUUGCGAGAGAGACGAAGAGAACAACAUCUUCGGGAGCAGGAAGCUCGACGGAACCGACCCGAAAGCCCUGAUGACACUCCUGGUCUUUAG